AUGUGGCAGUAUUUUUUAUUUCUAGUUAUUGGUUGUAAGAUGACUGAUGCAAUGAAUAAACCAAAAUAUUUGUGGCCAUUGAGCGGAUUGUCGAACGAUUUAGAGGUCAUGACCGAUCAAAAUAAUAGUUCACUAUCUGACUGUUUUCCCACUGGACCAGGACAUCCGGAUUUGAACUAUACCUCAUUAUAUUUUGAUGGAACUCAAUAUCUUGAUGUCAGGAUACCGUCCGACCCAAAUAUUACAGACUCAGAUAUAGCUUUUACCCUCUUCUUCAAAACAGAAACUAAUAAGGGUGUAUUAUUUCAUUAUGAAGCAGAUUACCAAACCACUGUCCAAGGUAUAUUGACUAUGCACGCAGAAGUAAUAGCGGGGAAUGUAACGGCAACUAUGAAAGUAACCGAAAAUUGUUCGUUGACGUCCAUUUGCGGUUCCCCGAACUCUGUAUUAAACGUUACACUAAACUCAUGGACGAUGGUAGUGUUAGUAUAUAAUUUCAAUGACAGCAGGUUAUCGCUCUAUGUGAACAACAAGACACAAAUAAUUUCCAUAAACCACUUAAAGAGUUGUUCUUUAAUUACCCCUGGAAGACUCACAUUUGGUGGGAGUAAAUACAUAGGAUCAAUGACAGGCGCUGCCUUGUAUAAUUCAGACUCGGGAUUUGAUGAACAGGAUCUUCUCAAAAAUGCUUUAAAGAGUAACUGGUCAUGGAAUCCACCAGAUCCACCAUGCUUUUUAUCAUCACAUGUUUGGACAAUGGAUAACAAAGGAUUUACAAAGGAUAUGAAAACCUUCAAAAAAAAUGAGCACAAAUGCCUACGAUUUGGAGACGAGCAUCCAAAUUUACCAAAUAAUGCCAUACUCAUGGAUGGUUCGUCUUUAUCUGUAUUGCGCCUAGAGAUUAAUGGUGAGGAGUUGGAUUCCAACUUUACUUUGGUUAUAAAUAUCUAUGUACAGAAACCAACUUCAGGUUCUCUUCUAAAUAUUACCGAUAGAUAUGAGCAGAAACUCUUUGAUUUAAGCAUAGGCGAAAAUUUUAUAGUUCUGCGGGCAUUUCUUAUAAACGGUACUGAAUGUGGAUUCAUUUCGACAGCAAAUAUGUUUAAUACCAGUACAUGGUACUUGGUUGGAAUAAGGAGAGAUAUUUCCAAUGGUACGAUGGCAAUUGUUAUCAAUAAUGACAUCAUUAACAGUGCAUUCGAUUCGUGUGGCAUGUUUAAUCAAAGUGGAAUGUCAUUUGUGGAGAUUGGCAGUUGGGACACAAAUACUCCUGGAUACAGAGGUUUUAUCAGAUGUUUGGUCAUGUUCAGUAUUGUUGAUUCUAAUAUCAUCUUCUCUAACCACGAUACCUGUCUCAACGAAGCUGAUAAUGUCUCAUCGGAUUUAAAGAACAAAUGCACCAUGCAAUUGCCAAGAAGAAGAAAGUACGAUUUAUUAAAAUCGGACAUGAUCAUCUCAAGCAGUUUGGCACCAUUGGCUGUUUAUGAUUCUACACCUCAAGUAAAAUGUGCUUAUUAUUGUUUCCGACACCGGUAUUGCCGAUCUUUCACUUUUUUUAACAAUAGAUGUUCGAUGUACGAUCUAGUGACAUUGGCUGGUUUAGCAGAGGCUCCUGGAGCCACUUAUUACGCAAUCUAA